AGGGCUGGGCUAGCGAUCACAAAAAUCACAAAAGUCGAUAGAUCGAUCUAUCCACAAAUCAAGCCAGCCACCUACGUACGUGUGCAACUCGCCGGAAUCAAGCUUUGAAGAUGGUGUCCGCGGACGUGGCCCGGAGCGUCGUCGGCAUCGUCGGCAACGUCAUCUCCUUCGGGCUCUUCCUGUCGCCGGUGCCGACGUUCUGGGGGAUCAUCAAGAAGAAGGACGUGGAGGAGUUCAGCCCGGUGCCGUACCUCGCCACCAUCUUCAACUGCAUGCUCUGGGUCUUCUACGGCCUCCCCUUGGUCCACCCCAACAGCACGCUCGUCAUCACCAUCAACGGCAUCGGCCUCGCCAUCGAGGCCGCCUACCUCGUCACCUUCUUGCUGUACGCGCCAAACAGGAAGCGCCUCUGGGUGCUCGCCGUGCUCGCCGCCGAGGCCGUCCUCAUGGCCGCCCUCGUGACCGGCGUGCUCCUCGGCGCCCACACGCACGACAGCCGCUCCAUGAUCGUCGGAAUCCUCUGCGUCAUCGCCAACACCUGCAUGUACGCAGCCCCGCUCAGCGUCAUGGGCAAAGUUAUCAAAACCAAGAGCGUCGAGUACAUGCCCUUCUACCUCUCCUUGGUCGGAUUGCUCAACGGAGGCUGCUGGACGGCCUACGCCCUCAUCAAGUUCGACCUCUACAUCACCAUCCCCAAUGGCCUCGGUGUGCUCUUCAGCAUCGCCCAGCUCAUCCUAUACGGAUGCUACUACAAGUCCACCCCAAAGAAGGCCAAGAACGUCGAGCUGCCAACCAUCGCCGACAAAACCCUCAGCACCAACGUCUCCAUCACCGUCCAUGAUGAGGAUGAUGAUGAUGAUGCUUAAAUUUAGAAGCCAUGAGUUUCCAUCGCCGUCGAGAAAUAAGCGCACCAUCCUGCCGCCGUCUGUCCGUCCUCUAGGUUCAGCUACAUGUUAUUAGGCUUAAACAGUUAAACUUGUAUCCUACUAUUUCUUCCUUAGUUCAGACAUUACUUUCUUCUACUUUUAACUGGCGGUGUUAGUUUUCAGUUAAUUCAUUGGCGCGCCUGUAUUUGGUCCAUCUUAUUAUUCUUGUUUAUAUAAGAUUUUCAUGAUAUUA